UGAUGGUCCAAAAGGGGACACUUUUUCCUAUCAUUCCUCUGUUUCCUCAUCCCCAUAGCUUCUUCAUUUCUCUCACUCCCUCACUCUCUCGUGUCCAUAUUAAUUUACACAUUCUUCUUCUCUUCAAGUGAAGACAAAACCAUUUGCUUCUUAGAACAACAACAACAACAAGAAAUGGGAAAAGCAUCGAAGUGGUUACGCGGGAUUCUCGGUCUCAAGAAAUCAGAACGCAGUUCAAGUUCAACUCCCAAGCCACCGAAAGAGAAACAACGACGAUGGAGCUUCGUCAAAUCAUACAGAGAAGAACAACAACAACAACAUAGCCACCCUCAUUCUACCGGUAACUCUCCGGCCACGUUCCAAACGGAACACAGUGACAACAAGCACGCCAUCGCAGUCGCUGCGGCCACGGCAGCGGCGGCGGAGGUGGCUGUUGCUGCCGCUCAAGCGGCUGCGGCUGUUGUGAGACUUACAAGCAGCAGCAACAACGUCAGGAUCCGUGAAGAAUGGGCGGCCGUUAAGAUCCAAGCCGCUUUUCGAGGAAGCUUGGCAAGGAAAGCACUGCGAGCAUUGAAAGGGUUGGUGAAGCUCCAGGCACUGGUGAGAGGUCAAAUUGAGAGGAAGAGGACAGCAGAGUGGCUUAAAACAAUGCAAGCACUGUUGCGAGCACAGACACGAGCCACUGCAGGAAGGACCCUGCACACCUCAUAUUCAAGUGCAAAGCAGCCAUCUACAUGCCAACUCCAUUCUUCUGGUCCAGCAACACCAGAGAAAUUUGAAAGCCCUGUCAAAUCUAAGAGCACGAAACAUGAUCAGCAAUCACCUGUACACAAGAGAAAUGGCUCCAAAUCCUGUGUCCUGCUUAGUGGCAAUGAACAGGGCCAGUUAGAUGAACAAUCAUGGAAAAAAGUAAGAUCACUCGUAAGAACCUACGCCAGGAACGAAGAAAAGGGCGAUAGGAUGCUUGAAAUUGAUUCUGGAAAGCCCCACUUCACCUCAAAACGCCGAAACCUCUCUUACUCUAACAGUGAGCCUCUAGGCUCAGAACAUUGUUACAGUAAGAGCUUAACCACCACAAAAAGUUCUGAACAUAGUUCUUCUUGUGAAGUUCAGUCCCACAACAACAACAACCCACUAAAACCAUACGAGGUUGAUGAGACUCCAUUCUGCACUGCCAGCAACAGUCCCCAAUUUUUCUCUGCCACUUCCAAAGAUGAUGGCUGCAAAAGAAGUCCUUUUAGUACUCCUACAAAGAGUGAUGGCUCGAGAAGCUACCUUCGUGGCUAUUCCGACUACCCAGGUUACAUGGCGUACACCGAGUCAUCGAAGGCAAAGGCGAGGUCUCUCAGUGCCCCGAAACAAAGGCCUCAACAAUACGAGAGGUCCUGUUCGUCUAGCAGGUACUCGCUCAAUGGAUUUGAGAUGUCAAGAUUGGCCGCACAGAAGACUUUGCAAGCAAGCUUUACCAGCAAAGCGUAUCCAGGUUCCGGUCGUUUGGACAAGCUUGGAAUGCCUGUGGGGUAUAGAUUCUGAUGUUGAAGUUUCUGUUGAAAGGGUUUUGUUAUCAGAGUCUGCCUUCACAUCUGAUCUUGCUAACAUCACUUAGCAUUAGAAAUCUGUAACCAAGUUCAGAGCACACUGCCAAGACUUAAAAUGACUUGAUGUUCUAGGACUUAACUUCUCAUCUAGUUCUUUAAAUCCUUGCACUGUUAUCUAUAUCGGUUGCAUAGGAAUCUUAUUGCUUGGAUAUUUUGAUGAUCUAUUAAAAAGUAAAUCAUUUUCA